CCCAUCAUUUAUUAAAGUCUAUUAAAACCGCCGUCACUCGUCCCUCGUCUACAUUAACUGGAUCACACUAGUUAAACAGUUCCUCGUCUUCAUUAGUUUGUUACUCAUCCACUAAAAACACUAAUCACUUUUGCAAUAACAAAACCUCAUUCGUAGUCCAUUCUCAUUCUCCCUCACCCUCACUCCCUCAUUCUCUCUCUCCUCCCCAGACUAGAGAUCUACAUGGCGAUUAGGGGUCGGAUCCUGACCCGAAUCCUCCUAACCCUAACCCUCACCUUCUUCACCCUCCCCCUCUUCUUCUCAUCGCAGUCGGAUCCGGAUCCAGACACGAAAACCGACGACGUCCCCCAUCACGCCGCCGUGGCCGCCGCCUACGCCUCCUACGCGCGAAAACUAAAGCUCGAGAACUCCAAGCAAGUUCGCCUCUUUGCCGAUCUUUCUCGAAACUUCUCCUCCCUCCUAUCGGAUCACAAGUCACUUCUAGAUCCGACCCGACCCAUUGACGAGCAGGCGCUUCGCCAGUUCGAACGAGAUGUCAAGAACCAGAUCAGAUCCACUAGGUUACUGAUUUCAGAAGCUAAGGACUCUUUUGAUAACCAGCUGAAGAUCCAGAAGCUUAAAGAUACGAUCUUUGCGGUGAACGAGCAGUUGACGAAGGCUAAGAAGCAAGGGGCGUUUUCGAGCUUGAUUGCGGCGAAAUCAAUACCUAAAAGCUUGCAUUGUUUGGCUAUGAGGCUGAUGGAGGAGAGGAUCGAGAAGGCGGAGAAGUACUCGGAGCCAGAGGAGACGCCACCGGAGUUAGAGGAUCCAAAACUGUAUCAUUAUGCUAUAUUUUCGGAUAAUGUGCUUGCUGCUUCGGUGGUUUUGAAUUCGGCAGUGAAGAACGCUAAGGAGCCGUGGAAGCAUGUGUUUCAUGUGGUCACUGAUCGGAUGAAUCUUGGAGCAAUGCAGGUUAUGUUCAAACUGAAACUGAAAGACUACAAUGGGGCCCAUAUUGAAGUUAAAUGCUUUGAAGAUUAUACAUUCUUGAACUCUUCUUAUGUUCCCGUGCUCCGCCAGCUUGAAUCAGCAAACCUACAGAGGUUCUACUUUGAAAACAAGCUUGAGAAUGCUACUAAAGAUACAACAAACAUGAAAUUUAGGAAUCCAAAAUAUCUAUCCAUGCUUAAUCACUUAAGGUUCUAUUUACCCGAGAUGUACCCGAAGCUACAUAGGAUUUUGUUUUUGGAUGAUGAUGUUGUUGUGCAAAGAGAUUUGACCGGUUUGUGGGAGAUUGAUAUGGAUGGGAAAGUGAAUGGUGCAGUUGAGACUUGUUUUGGGUCAUUCCAUAGAUAUGCACAGUACAUGAACUUUUCACAUCCUUUGAUCAAGGAGAAGUUCAACCCCAAGGCAUGUGGGUGGGCUUAUGGGAUGAAUUUCUUUGAUCUUGAUGCAUGGAGGAAGGAGAAGUGCACAGAGCAAUACCAUUACUGGCAGAAUCUGAACGAGAACAGGACACUAUGGAAGUUGGGAACACUACCACCAGGACUGAUCACCUUUUACUCGACAACAAAGCCAUUGGAUAAAUCUUGGCAUGUUCUUGGACUUGGUUAUAAUCCAACCAUAAGCAUGGAAGAGAUCAGGAAUGCUGCUGUUGUGCAUUUUAAUGGCAAUAUGAAGCCAUGGUUGGAUAUUGGCAUGAACCAGUUUCGACCGCUCUGGACAAAGUAUGUAGAUUAUGACAUGGAGUUUAUGCGCCAGUGCAAUUUUGGUGCCUGAAGGAAAAUUCUUACAGUUAACCAAAGAAACUUCAGAGGAGGGAAAAUAGUAUAAAGGAAACUCAGUAAUGCACGGUCACUAAAUAUUUUUUGUUCCAAAAAAUCAUGUUAUAGUUUCUGUCCGAUUGUAAUAAUAGUUCAUAUGUAUAAAUUAUUACUAGAGGUGUUGUUAUUCUUGGACAUGUUGCUGAGUUCCUAGAUUAUCGCAGAAAUUUGAUAUGUUUAUCAAAGCUCAAGCAAGAGCAAAACCUAUUUCUUCUAUGUAUCAUACUUCCCUAUACGAGUUUA